AUGUUUAAAUACCCGCUUCAAGAUCUCCCUUCGUUCUCUUCUUCCCUUCUCUCUGCAAACCCUAAUCGUGAUACCAUCUCUACUAUACACCUCCGCACCUCAUAUAAUAAUUCUAUAAUUUUUUUUCUUAAAAACUCGCGUUCAUUCCUGAAGAUCACAAAAUGGCGACCAACAAUUAGGGCUUUUAUUUCCCACUUACAUAUAAUUGUGAUUUUAGUCAAGAGUUUCAAAAAUGCCUCCCUCACGUACGCUUUUAUUCUUCAAUCUCACAUCCAACAACUAGGGCUUUUAUUUCCUCACAGCAACUGCAAGGUUCGAGGCAAAACUUCAAUCGAUUUGGGAAUAGCGCGAGAAUUGAAAUUACGGAUCUGUAAUCGGGUGCCUAGAAUAACGAAGCGUCAAAACUCGAAUCUCAAGAAAGAAUCAAGAUGGAGACGAGGCAAAGCAAUCCUGCUUCUUUGGACCGCAAUGAUUAGGCGUCGCCAAGCGCUUUUGGGAGUUUCUUUUUGA